AUGCCUGCUCUCUAUGAACAGUUUUUCCUCUUCGGAGACAGCAUAACCCAAGACUCCUUCUCCCAGGAGCGAGGCUUUGCCUUCUCUGCAGCCCUUCAAGCUGCAUACAUCAGGCGACUUGAUGUAGUCAACCGCGGCUUCAGUGGGUACAACACCCGCCAAGCUCUCCAGAUACUGCCCGCCAUCGUGCCCCCGCCGGACCAGGCUAAGAUUCGGUUCAUGACCAUCUUCUUCGGCGCCAACGACUCAUCGUUACCAGAUGCGCCAAACAAGCAGCAUAUUCCUCUUGAUGAGUUCAUCAAGAACCUAAAGGACAUCCUGUUCCACCCGCAGAUCAAAGCCCACGACCCUCGUAUCAUCCUAGUGGCUCCUCCCCCAAUCAACGAGCAUCUGUGGUGGCCAAGAGACCAGUCGAACGGAUAUGCUAGCGUGACGCGCCUGGCGGGUGCGACCAAAACAUAUGCCGAUGCAGUCGUUCAACUUGGCGCCGAGCUUGACUUGCCUGUCGUAAAUCUCUGGAGAGCCUUCAUGGCGAAGACGGGCUUCAGCGCAGAUGUUUGGAAGCUGGGCGAUGAUCUACCGGGUUCUUUAGACGUCUCGCAGAAUGACAACUUGGUGGAGCUCAUGUACGAUGGGCUUCACUUGAACCCAGCAGGAUACGAGGUCUUCUACCAGGAGUUGAUCAAGGUCAUCGCAGAGCAGUGGCCGGAUCAGUCGCCUGAGAAGCUGCCUAUGGUACUGCCGCCGUGGAACGAUCAGGAAGCGUGGAAACAGUGGGAGAGUGCUCAGUCUUCUUCGAUUUAG